AUAAUAUACAGCGAGAUAAAUUUAUUUUUUUAAUUUUAAAAAAGGUAUAAGAGAGUCAGUGUGCCUUGACAAUCGUCUUACUGCUGCUGCUCCGAGCAAAGUCAAGCAAAGUUGUGCGGGCAACUAACUCGUGCACGAAGUAGUCAUGCCUUCGCAAUUCUGUCAUCGUUGAGAUUUGAAUUUUAUACGAAACUUCAUCGAGGUUGAAACCUUCGUCUUCUUGGACCUAAUCUAACGCGCAUUGAAUUGGAGCCGGUGCUAUGAGCGGAAGCAAGAUGAUAAGGUUAUCAAAGUGUAGGUUCCUUUACAUCUAUCAUUAUUUCUCGAAGUAGCGAUAUUUCUCGGCUAACGAGAAUUUUAUUCAACGAAUACGAUCGGACGAGAGAGGCUGCACCGCUUUCACGAUGACGGAACACGAGAAUGCGAUGUUCAUGCGUGUGGCGUCAGCAGUUUUUUACGGUUUUUCAUCGUUUAUGAUAACGGUCGUCAACAAGACCGUGCUCACGUCGUUCGCCUUUCCGUCCUUCCAAGUGUUGGGGAUUGGCCAAAUGUUUGCGACGAUACUGGUGCUAUGUACCGCGAAGAAGCUGCGUUACAUCGAAUACCCUAGUCUGGAACGGACGACGUUUUUCAAGAUAUGGCCGCUACCAAUAAUAUACAUUGGCAACAUGAUAUUCGGAUUAGGUGGUACAAAGCAGCUGAGUCUGCCGAUGUUCACCGCCCUGCGGCGAUUCAGUAUCCUCAUGACGAUGAUCGCUGAGUAUUAUAUCCUUGGCGUCAAAGCGCGUAUGUCCAUACAAUUAAGUGUCUACACAAUGAUCCUGGGUGCAGUGGUGGCUGCGCUGAACGAUCUCGCCUUCAAUCUGGAGGGCUAUAUCUUCAUUCUGUUGAAUGACUUUUUCACUGCUGCUAAUGGUGUAUAUAUGAAGAAGAAGUUAGAUUCUAAGGACUUGGGAAAGUACGGACUGAUGUACUAUAAUUCUUUGUUUAUGCUCGGUCCGACGAUUCUGUUGGCCUGGUGGAUGGGUGAUAUAGCCUCGGCGUUAGAAUUUCCCGAUUGGACAAAUCUCUUCUUUGUUCUACAAUUUAUGUUAUCAUGUCUAAUGGGCUUUGUAUUAUCAUACAGCAUGCUUCUUUGUACAUUAUAUAAUUCUGCACUGACCACUACUAUAAUUGGAUGCUUAAAGAACAUAUGUGUGACGUACCUUGGCAUGGUCAUUGGCGGAGAUUAUAUAUUUUCAUGGUUAAACUUUGUGGGAUUGAAUUUAAGUGUGAUAGGCAGUUUAGUGUAUACUUGGUUAACAUUUCGUAAGAGAGAAAUCGCACAGCCAAAAUACAGUCUGCUGACUGAAUCUCAGGCCAACAAGAUACAAGCUAGUUUAUUAUCAUCUUUAGAAAGCCGUUUCUCGACAGUUUCGCAGAUAAGUGAGACAUUUCUGGAGGAUUAUUCCAAGCAUCACAUACCCCUAUCCUCUCUGCAGCGUGUGCUUCUCACAAUGGGCUCGUCGGCGAUAUCGUUGGCGAAUCCGUUUCGAGGUGACAUGAUAGCGUGUCUCGCAGAAACUACCGGUACGAAGGCUCUCAUGCAUUGUCAUCAACAGAUGAAGAGCACAAACGAGGGUCAACGUAUUCUCGCACAAAAACCACGUAUAAACACGUCCACCAUCGAUCUCCAUUAUUUCAAGAGCCUGCCGGAAGGAACCGUAGGCCGAACGUAUCACGAUUUCUUGGACAACAACAAAGUAUCACCCGACGAUAGAGAGCAAGUACAAUUCGUCGACGAUAUCGAACUGGCUUAUGUGAUGCAACGAUAUCGAGAGACGCACGAUAUUUUUCACGCUAUGCUCUUGAUGCCGACGACGAUGCUGGGAGAGGUAGCGGUUAAAUGGAUAGAAGCUCUGCAGAUGCGCUUGCCGAUGUGCACAACUGCUGCGAUAUUCGGAGCUAGUCGUCUACGUUCCAGACAAAGGCAUUUGUACUUAAAUCAUCAUCUUCCGUGGUCUAUAAAUACGGGAUUGAAUGCGAAGUUUUUGUUAGGGAUUUAUUAUGAAGAACGCUGGGAGCAGUCUCUCGAGGAUUUUCACAAAGAAAUGAACAUUACACGUCUAGUAUAAAAGUUUAGCUAAUUGAAAUCAAAUUAUAAUAAUUUAUGACUGUAAUUAGUAGUAUUUAAUAGUUGUUUGCGAUUAAACGAAAGAUAAAGUUUGUAUAUCAUUUUGCUAAGACACUUAUAUGUGAAAAUUUUAACUCUUAUGUCUGUGAUAUAUAAGUCUUUAACUUCUUCAGUAAUAAAUAAUUCUAAAAAAAAGAAAAAGAAAAGUUUUUUUUACAAAUUUGUCGGAUAAUCACCAGAUUUGCGAUAAUUUUCAAAGCAACACGCAUUACUGAUAUUACAAAUUUGAUUUAAUUAAACGUUACAUCUGUUAUAAACAUAUAUAAUCUAAAAUUGUACGUUUAUCAUAAUCGUUAUUAUCGUCGUUGUGUUCCAAUUAUCGUAAUUGUGAUUUUCAUCUUUUGCUCUCUUGCUCCUUUUUUUUUUCAUUGUUUUCUUAGUGUUAAUACCGUUAUCAUGCAGAAUGUAUCUUAAAACGAAGGUAUGCUUUAAAGACCUCGUUAUAUCAAUUGAGUAAUGAAAAAUAUUUGCACGAAUCUGUGUGCUAAAACGCGUCCUUUCUGAAUUAUUACUAUUUUUUGGCACAAAAAUUGUUCAAGUACAUUCGUACUCUUAAAUUGGAAGAAUCAAUGACGCAAUAAUGUGAUCCGUAAAGAGCGCACCUGCAUUUUAAGAUACACCCCACGAAUUAUUAUAUAUUUUGGAAUAAAAAUGACUUAGCUUGGAUGACUUAGUUUAAGAUAUAUAAGAAAGGAUAUAUGAAGAGUAAUUCUAUUUAAAAAUCUUGCGCCAUAUUGCGAAAUUUGAUUGAAGAUUAAACGAUCCGCCUUUCUCUUAAGAUAGAUAAGUUGAAUCGAUCAAUACGAUUAUAUCAUGAUAUUAUUUCGUAAAAUAAGUACAUAUAAGUAGAUGAGCAAAACUGAUUGUCAUUCUUCGACGUAAUUGAGUAUUACGUUCGCUUCAUGCCGAUUUCGUUUAUAUUAUUUUGCUUCGGCUACGUGCAACGAAUUUUUACCAUGAUAUGAAAUACUCAGCUGACGAGAUGCGAUUAAACUUUACGCAUAAUCCGCAUCAAACUCGAGCAAAACCACGAACUUUGCUGCGAGGUUCAUUAUCGCAAUUUUGCUACUGGUCAGCUUUAUCUGAGUAAUAGAUAUAGAGAAAUGGAACGAUUUUUUCUAACAGUAAAAACGAUAAUGAGUAUCACAUAUAUAAGCGUAGGAAAGAUAUGUAAAUUAAUAAAUUAAUAAAUAGAUGUGAAUCAUUCAUUCGUUCGAGAUCACGCAUUCCUCUGGA